AUGCCUAGAGUCAUCAAACAAGAGCCUCAGAGGAGUCGAGAGACUCCGGCAUCACCAUGUGCCGGUAGAACUCCUGCGCGGGUGAACCGAACGCCCACAAUGACGUCGAGGGCUUCCGAGGAGGUGAAUCUGAAUACGACCACACGUCGUCAAGCCCGUUCUUUAGCCCCUAGCGCGGACACUCGACAGGCGCAGGCCAUGGCGGCGAUCUAUGAUGACUCGGACUCCGAUCCUGAUCUUGUCGUAAUUAGGGAAAUGCGUCAAGUAGUCAAACCUGAUCCAGAUCGCCAUCGGGCGGUUCCAGGCAGGAGUGGUGUCAACGUUGACAGUGAUUCAUUGCUCAACCGCAACUUUGAGCGCAUUGCGAAGAACCUGAAGGCUCUCGGAGAGACUCUUGGUGAACUCCAAAGCCUUGGUAUCCAGCAGGUUGCCGACUUGCCAUCUUUAGUCCUGGUAGGCGACCAGAGUUCUGGCAAGUCGACGCUGAUGUCCGGGAUCGCUGGAAUCUCACUACCUCACCGAGAAGGCAUGUGUACCCGCUGCCCGGUGCACAUUCGGUUGUCGAAAAGCGAUUCAUGGGCUUUACAAAUCUCUCUCCAGCAGGACUAUUCCUAUGUUGGGACAAAUCCAGUAGCAAGUGAAAACUUUGGCCCUUGGUCUCCGCAGCCAAGAGUUGUCAAAGAGUUCUGGUCCUGCCGCGAGAAAGACGAUGACCGGAUCCGAAAUGCAAUUCGCUGGGCACAGGUUGCAAUUUUGAACCACCACAGACCUCACAGGCUUUAUGUACCACAGGCCCAGCAACCAGAUGACGAGGAGAGGUUGCAACAGGAGGAAAACAGCGCCGAAACUGACUUCAGCCCAAACGUUGUGGCUCUGCAGAUUAGUGGCCCUAACCUUCCUGAUAUCUCUUUCUACGACCUUCCAGGACUGAUCAAGGCCACCAGGCGAGAGGAAGACCAUUACCUGGUCAAAGUCGUGGAAAACAUGGCCCGCAAGUACAUUGCCGAUUCCAACGCCAUCAUCAUGUGGGCCGUGCCUAUGAACAGCGACCCUGAGAACUCUUCAACACUUGCAAUCAUCCGGAAGGAGAGAGCUCAACAUCGAACUGUCGGCGUGCUGACCAAGGCUGACCUUUUGCCACCGGGCAAUCACGAACAGUGGCUCGGGAUGUUGUGUGGUACACAACACAGUGUUGGACAUGGGUUUUUCAUUACGGCGCGACAGCCAAAGGACGCCGAGACUCAAAACAGUUUCGAGGAAGCCUUUUUCAAUGGUCAAGCCCCCGAUGGCGUGAAUCCUUGGUCUGACCGCUUCCAACAGUACGCGGAUCGAUGCGGCCUUAACCAGCUCGUCGUGUUCCUUUCAAACACCCUGAACCGCGCGUUUUCCAACAGCUUGCCUGGCAUCCUAGAGACCAUUUCCGAGCGCUUGCAGUAUGUUAAUGACGAAUUAACAAAACUGCCAGAUACUCCUGACCACCCUUAUGCCGAAUUGCGCGAGGCUUUGAUCGGUUUUGUAAACGGCGUGAGGAACGGCCUGGGGUUGACCGUGACCGGAGACUUCGACGCUGAUUGCAAAUCUCUUCUGGACGCCUUCGAACGCAAGAUUCUGGAACUGAAACCGAGGUACAUUGUCAAAAAUCCAGCUCCGUCGAGGAGGCCCAUGACUCCGCAAGCACGACGAGUCGGCCCUGCGCCCACUCCCACGCCGAGUCGCACCGCGACCAGCCACAGCUCCAUCGAUCUGACGCUUGAUGACGAUACACCUGUCCCACCAAGUCGCCGUCGCAGGCUCGAUGCCUUUCUCGAAGGACAGCAGCCCACGAAUGGAACCCCGAAGCGGUCACGUCCGACCGUCAAGCAGGAGGAAAGCUUCCGUGUCGCCAUUGCGACGCCGCCUCUGUCUCCCGUUAAGAACGACUUGGCGACGGUGCGGAGGCGUUGUCAAGCUCGAGCUCGAGACGGAGAACCCGACGUGACGCCGCCUGAGAUCUACCCCGAACUCUCCCUGGAAGCCAUCUCGCGCUGGGCCCGUCCUCUGGACGAUUGUGUGGAUUCCUUUAUUCGGUUGCUGAGUCGCAAGCUGGAUCAGGUUCUGGAAGCGUCGUUCGAGAAGCUCAGGACCAAAGCCGCCUUCCGCGAGGCCAAAGACCACCUUGCUGCGUACGUCCAACAGCAAAAGGAAGAGCUUUCACAGUCUUUGUCGACGUUGUUUGCGCGCGAGAGUAAGCGCCUCUACACUCGCAACACUGAGGCUUUCGAACGCCACAAGCAGGCAGAGCGAGAAAUCCUGCUUCACCGACGCUACGAGUGCCGUUGGAGGGAGCAUCAAGAGAGUCUGGGCAAGGAGGCGCCUCCCAUCAAAGACCACGACAAACUAACGGCCCAGGAAAGGAAGGACAAGGCUAACAACCUGCAGCUCCUUGGUCCGGACGAAUACGCUCGUGAGCUCGAGAUUUGCGCCCACGUUAGGGGCUACUAUUUGACGGCUGCAAAGCGGUUCAUUGAUUGCGUUGGACAGGCGAUUGUGUCUGACUUGAUUCCAAGCAUGGUUACGACUUUGUCAAGAAGUCAUCUGGACGAAAAGCUCGGCCUGAUGGGGCCUCAAGCCCUGUCCCCGGAGCGAAUCGAUGCUUUGAUGGCAGAGGAGCAUCACGUUGCCGUUCAGCGGAAGAAGCUCCAGGACGAGCAGCAGAAGCUGCAAAAGGCCAUGGAGUCUAUCACCAAACUCGAAUCGGCCGGUGACGGCGAGGAUGAUCAAGCCGCAGAUGCUUCUAGCGAAUCCACCAAUGCGGCUACCUCGUUCGCCAGCCGGAAUGGCAAUGUUCUUGGAGCCUCACAGUCCGGGCCUCGAUACCAGCCUUAUACCGAUGACGGUAUGGAUGUGGAUCACGGUGGUGGUGUUGCUUAG